AUGUUUGACUAUUUUCCGCUGCACCGUUUAAUAUUUUCUGUAAUAAUUCUGAAAUUGGCCGCCGGAUUCAAUCCGUGCAACGUCGACGAUUCGAUUUGUAUGCCUUUGGAAGAUUUCGAGGAAAAUUGCACGUGCCUUUUGUUGAGCGACGGACCAAUCAAUGUCACAGAUGAUUUGUAUAUGUUCAUGACUGGAUAUCCUAUUCACAUGUCCUAUAUUAAGCAGACUGAGCUUCAACCUCUGUUCCGGAAAAAAUUGGAUGUUCGAAUUCCUAGCAGCCGAUUUUACGAAGACACAUUCGAUUUUCCGGAAAGACUAUUCCAAUCGAUGGACAUUGAAGAAAAUAUGGCAUUUUUUGAAGCAGACUCGUCAAAAAUUGAGAACGUUGUCAACUAUUUGAUUGAGAACGGGCUGAUUCGCACAAAAGCGCUGAGCACAAAAGAGAAUCGAUGGUGUCUCGAGGGAGAAUGCAACGCAUUCGUGUUUGAAACAGGCAUUAUUAAUCGAACCCAAGGAAUUUAUUCAUAUACCGCUGAUUUAUUGGAAAUAAUCGAAUAUCGUGGUAGAUCAAUUGUGGCUGUUUCGAAUGUUUCGGGCAAACUGAGCAUUCCGAAAGUUCAGCAGUACGAAUGCCAUAAUCGGUGUAAAGUAUUUUAUUGGAACGAGAAUUCGAUGUGUAAGAAACAAUGCGAAUUGAGAGUGAAAUUCGAUCAAAUCGCAAUGACAUCGGAAAUGAAACGAAAUUUCGACUUUUUCAUUCAAUCGUCGACCAUUUUAAAUUUCCGCAAUAAAUAUAAAAAAUAUUUGUCGUGA